UGCGCAGCGGGGUCCUCUGCUGUCCGGGUCCUCGCCGCCGGGUCCUCCUGUCCCGGGUCCUCUGCUGUCCGGGUGCUGCUGUCCCGGGUGCUCCUGUCCCGGGUCCUCCUGUCCGGGUGCUCCUGUCCCGGGUCCGCCUGUCCCGGGUCCGCUGUCCCGCGUCCUCCAGCCAUGGGCGCCGGGCCCCGCUGGCUGCUGGCCGCCCUCCCGCUGCUUCUGGCCUGCGCGGGCCGCGCGCGCGGCGACACCCCCGCCAACUGCAGCUACCACGACCUGCUGGGCUCCUGGCUGCUCCAGGUGGGCCCCGGCGGCCUCCAGCGCGACGUCAACUGCUCGGCCAUGGGACCACCAGAAAAGAAAGUACUGGUACACCUAAAGAAGUUGAAUACUGCUUAUGAUGACUUCGGCAACUCUGGCCGUUUCACCAUCAUUUACAACCAAGGCUUUGAGAUUGUGUUGAAUGACUACAAGUGGUUUGCCUUUUUUAAGGAUGUCACUGAUUUUAUCAGUCAGUUGUUCAUGCAACUGGGAACAGUGGGGAUUUAUGAUUUGCCACAUCUGAGGAACAAGCUGGUUACUAAAUAGAUCAUCUAUUGAGGGGAUCUUUUAAAAACUACAGCCAAAAACAGACAUUGGGGCUAAGAGGCAGAGCAGCGUGCAACAGUGGACUACUUCUGACACUAGCACAGGCUCCUAGCAACUGCAGUUCCUUGUGGAGUCCUUAUGGACAUCUAAGAUGCAGAGAAUUCCUGGGGACACACCUCCAAGGCAGCUGCCUUCCUGAACAUUUCCUGGGAAAGCUACAGACACCAUUUUGGAUUGUGACCAACCAGAGACUACGCAGGAAAAAGAAAAAAGAAAUCUGCAAGUCUUAGGUGGCUUCACCAGUCAGCCUUUGAAUAAAAGGAACUGUAUGCUUCACAAGUUACUUUCUUUUUUGAAUAUUCUUAUAUUGAAAUGAUUUUUCCAAAUUUGUUAGGAUUUGAAAUUUGUGUUUUAUUUUGCUCACAUUGCAAAUUUUAUGCGCAGUUAAAUUUUCUUGCUAAAUGCCUUUGAUUUUUCUAAUUACCUUACAGCACUUACUGUAAGGUGAAAUCAAGUCUUCAAGAUCUCUUGAGAUGUACAAAUAAAUUAUUGGUGGGAAGUGGCCUUGUGGAAGACAUGUUUAUAUUAGGGUCAUAGGGAGGCUUUCUGAGGUCAGGCAAAUUGCUAUGGAGUAUGUUUUUACAGCUCAUAGAACCGUAGUAUCCCUAGCCAGAAAAAUAGUGUGGUUAAUACUUUUUUUUUUUUAAUUUUGAGCCAUCCUCACAAAAAUUUUAUUAAUUAGAUGUAUUACUGUCUUCAUUGACAUAUCAGAAAAUUAGUUGCCUAGAGUACUUAAUUAAGCUCAUGUUGCUUCUAAUUGUAAAAUGAUAAGGGGUAGCAUGCUAAGGACUUCCACUGGGCUAACAAAAAGGAAAAUCUUUUCACAAAAAAAAAAGGUAAUGACAAUCUCAGUCACACUGUGGUAGGUUUUCUGUUGAAUCCCAUCUAUAAGUGCCAUGGAUAAUGGUUUAGUGGAAUAAAAAAUGUAUUGUAUUGACGUCUGUUGAAAUUUUAGAAGAAUUGGUUUGAAGUUUAGGUUUCCUUCCCAAAUGAGGCACUUUUCCUAAGCCAGGGUCUUUUUAUUUAAGGAUGAAAUUUCUUUCUUCCCUUUGUAGUCUCAAAACAUGAAAGAACUUUGUGAAUUACAAAUUAAGUACUUUGCUAAAUUGACUUGUCUUAAUUACACUAUUGUUCACAUUGAUUGCAAUCUUUUAGCAUUUUCCUCCUAAACAAUGGGCUAGUUUCCUUCUCAGGUUGUUUAAGCUCCUGAAUAUCAGCCUUAGUUAAACUGAAAAUAGAGGCCACAGCUAAUCCAUUUUGUCCAGGAGAACUUUUCUCCUGCAUCCUUGCUUAGAGGGAGAAAUUUUCCUGUGGAAAGCAGGUUUCCAUCAUUACUCUGUUGGUUCAGAUAAGUUUUUAUACCUUAGACGUACUAGUGUACUAGUCUGGAAAAGUCCCAUUUUAUAAAGAUGAAGUAGUAGGAUAGCCAGCUACUUGUACCAAAACACCUUCCCCUUUUGUAUCCGGUAGAUCUUUCUUUAUGCAGGACCUUGAUGCCACUCUGAAAGCUUCCUCAACUUUCUCAAUUUAUAGGGGGAACGCUGUUGUCCUACUUCCCAGCGUGCUUUGCAGAUACUUCUGAGGGAGUACUUAUGCCAUUGAUAUGGAAUGAUUGAUAGCAUGCCAUCAUCAAUCUUCCAAGCUGAAAACUGUUUAUCUCCCUGUUUAUCUGCAGCUCAUAAUCCUCUUGGGACUUUAUAGGUGCUUAGAAAAUGAAACAUACUGCUCUUGUUUCUCAAAGGUUUUUCACAAGUCAUACUGUUACGGAGCAGCCCCUUUCCCCCCUAACAAUACCAGCUUAUGGAAAGUUCUGAUUUCUGGAAGCACAAAUCAGGAAUUGUGUUAUGUUUAUAUUUUUGGUUCUCUGCUCUAAAAAAAUACCUGCUUCCAGAGUUUACGAGUUUCGUGUUUUCAAACUGAUUUUCAGGAUGUUAAUUCUGACAAAGCAACCAAUGUGUGCAGCAUUGUAUUUAAUGUGAAAGUUAGAAGCACUCCCACUAAGAUAUUUUAUAGUUUCUGUUUCUCUAAGAAAUGUCGCAUCUAACUUGACUGUUUUGGUUAUAGAAGGGAAGUCUUACUAAAUUGCAUUUUGUAUGUGAGAAGCGCCCCCCCCCCCAUAUAACAAUGCUAAGCAUUCUCUGUCUUAAUUGCCAGUUUGUCUUCUCUCAUGGUUAAACUUAGUGAGAAGUGGCUUCAACUUUGUAUUACUGACCAUUUUGUUUUCUGUGUAUAACAUAUCACGUGAUAAAUAAUAGGUCUUCAGUAAAUAUUUGUUUAAGAAAGAAAGCAAUAUCUUAUUGUGUUAUUAUUGAUGCAGUUUUGGAGCUAUUGUUCCUUUUGUUACUUAGAGACUGUUGGAUCACCCAAACAUAUUUGUCCAAUAAUUUCGAAGAAAGCAGAUAAGACUUCACGAUUUUGCUCUGUUUAUGUUGAGACACAGGGCAAGCUAGUGUUAUUAGGCAGUUUUAGGGACAGUGCAGGAGGGGACCUCUGAAGAAUUAAGGGAGUCUUCAGAGAUAAGGAUAACCAAGGAAAUGCAACCAAUUCCACUGGGAAAAACGAACACCGUUGUUAAUACUAGGGGAAAAACAAACAUCCUAGCACCACAGAUAAUCUUGUUAAGGAUGGUCCUGGUUUUCUUCAGAUGAUAAGAUAAAGUGUAAAGAUGCUCACCGGGAGGGCUAGACCAUAAAGGUAAAGCGAUAAGCAUAACAAAUGGGAAAAGAAAAUACUGUUAAAAUAAGGAAUGUGAAAUUCCUCAGUACCCCCUGAGAGCUAGCCAAUCAGGAAGAGAGACUGAACUUUUAACAUAAUGAGAGAGAAAAAGUAUAUAUUGCCAAUGUAAUAUCCCAUACCGGCUCAUCUUGGCCCCUCCCAGGUACUUUAUACCUGGGAGUCUUUCUUCUUUGUCUCUUUUCUUCCUAAAUAAACUUUUCUUUCAAAGACAAGAUUUGUCUCUCUCUGCUUACUUACUCCAAAAAGUCUGAAUUCCUUUCUAUGGUUUCGCGAGAUAAGAACUCGUGGUAAAGCGGCAGCAGUUGUUACACACGCCGGCAUCAAUGUUUAAAUUGUGUGUGUGUGUGAGAGACUACGGAGGCCAAAAUAAGGUUCAGACUUAAAAACAGAAAAGUUCUAACUUUCAGAACUACUAAAAAGGAAAGUAUCUGUAAGGGGAAACAGUGAGCUCUAUGACUGCAGUAGUUUCUAAAGUUUGGAGAAGAUGGAAUCCAGCCUGCAGCUGUGCCCGCUAGGCCACCUCCACAAAGUGCAGUGAGCUAAGCUGGGGCUACAUCAGGCUGAUUCUAAGUUUCUUCUGCCCUCACUGUUGAAGAAAUUAUGAGCGUGUAAAUUUGUAAUGAGUUGAGGGAUUUGGCUACUUUACAGAAUGGUAAAUUUCUGCUUUCUUAGCCAACUUCAGACCAUAUAUUUAGGAUAAACUGAAUCUUUUUAGCAUUGGGAAGUAAUAAAUUUGUGACCCUGCGUUUUCUAAAUCUAGCUGUCAAUUUUUUUAUUAAAGUGCUGUAAGUUAUUUGCAACCACUGUAGCAAUUUCCUGGCAUUUUCACAGUACAAUAAAAAACAGCUUUUGAAAUGAAUGGUUAAGUCUAAUUGGGCAGAAAGCUAGAGAUAAUCCUUGAAAACUGACAUAAGGAAGUGUUUCUGAAGAAAAAUGGGAUACUCUGGGUGCUGUUGACAGUUUAAUAAGAGUAUCUGUUCCCUUUGUUUCUUUGGGACUGUUGGACCAUCCAGCCAAAUUUUCAUUACUGAAAAUUUUGAAUAUUUGGAAAAAUAAUUUACUGAUGAGUUUUGAAAUCUUUUAAGUAAGGGAUUUAAGUAGUUCCCAACCCAUUUACUUAAAAUAUGAAAAUAUUACAGAUUUAGAGAGUUUUUAAGAAUGACUGCUUGGUAUUAGGAAUGAUAGUUUAAUGGAUUUUAAAUGAAACAUUUGUAUUAGUCAUAUGUAAGAUUAAAAAUUGAAUGUUGUGGUGUUAGAGCCAUUUCAAAACAUCUGUUUUUAACAACCUUUAAAACAGCUGACAGAACUCACACUAGAUAUACGACAAAUGUAACUUUCAUCAUUUUCUCAUGUUUGUUUAUAUUUUCUUUGCUAGUAUUUGCAAAUCCAGGUUUCUUUUCAAGUAUUUUUUAAAGCAUCUUUUUUUAUCAUUUAAAGUUUUGUGAAACUUAAAUCAGAUACAAGUUAGUUUAAUCUACAUGUACAAGUUAGUUUAGUCAGACAGGGAUGUGUGAAAGGAAAUAUUCUGUGUCCUACCAGUGUCCUUGGUUGCACACUAUACAUACUUAGAUCCUUGGUUGCACACUAUACAUACUUAGAAGUGAAUAUCAGGCAUUGUAACCGAGGAGAGAUAUCAGUGCUUUCUUUGCAUGUUUAACAAUGGUGGAUGUUGUUUUUUUUUUUUAAUUUUAUUUCUAUGUUACAAAUAUAAAUAAAA